AUGGCCGGCAAUGAGGAAGCAUCGCCUUCUCGCGCUGCCAGCAACGGCUCAGCAUCUCCGCAGAGAGAGUCGAGCAAGCAGUCCGCCUCGCCCCGCCCAGCGCUCGCCGAGGAGCAGUCUGUGCAGGCUGCGGGCAAUGAGGAAGAAGAGGACGAUGACGAUGGAGAAGCUAUCGAGGAGCCAGGAAGCGAAGCUACACACACAGCGAGGCAAGGCUCCAGCUCCAGCGCAGCGGAAGGAUCAGGAGGCUCGCAGCCAGCCGCGUCCUUCUCACAAGGCACAGCAACAGCAAUGGCCGAGGCGUCCUCCUCCUCUGCUGCGACAGACACCAAGGGAUGGCAAGCAAUCUGGUCACCACCUCACAAUGCCUACUACUUUUGGAAUGCUCAAACGAACACAACGACUUGGACGAAUCCGCUCGCUGACCAUGCCGCCAACCCUGCUCCUGCACAAGCAUCAGCCUCUACUUCAUCAGGCCCAGGACCUAGCAACUCAGCAUAUCCAACACUCUCUGAGAGCGGAGAGGACUACCAAGCAGAGAACGAAAAUGGCGAUCCCGAGCUCGACCCGGAGCUAGCCUUCCUCGACCCGGGCCUGUACACGCGCACCGCAGCCUCGACUGGGCCCUACGUGGCUCGAGGCACAUUCGAUCGUCGUACUGGCCGAUUCGCAGGCGGCGGGGGCGGCGACCUCUCUAGUUCAGCUGCCGCAGCCGCAGCCUCCUCAUUCGCCGGCGAUGACCCCGCCACGCGCCAUUCCACCACCGCAAAAGCCCGGCGCCAAAUGUCUGCUUACUUUGACGUCGAUGAGUGGGAGCAACAGAAGGCCCAGGAGCAUGAGAAGAGACAGAUGGAGGCGCAGCAAGGGGGAGGGUCUAGGAAGAGGGGACCGACAAAAGCGGAGCUCCAACGCUUCAAGGAGCAAAAGAAGGAGAGAAAGAGGGCAAAGCUGGGAUGGCUGAAGGAGUGA